CGAAUAAUUUGGAACUUUUUCCGUCUGGAGAACGAACAUCUGAACAACUGUGGCCAUUACCGUGCUGUCCGUGACAUCUUCGUUAUGCCCAUGCGUAGGAACACAUCUGGGACGGUAAAAAAGGACACUGCUAACAACGCAGCUGCUGUGCCCCUUCAAAAUGGUUUCGAGAAGAGUCAGCUAUACACGCACUGCGAGGUCGUCGGACAUAAGCCAUUUCCAGAGCACUAUAGGGACCCCAAACGCGUUAAUGCCCCACUUCAGUCCAUCCUCACAACCUUUCCCCAUUUUGGACAGUACAUAACCAUGGCAUCAACUGACUCACAGAAGCCGUGCAGGUCUCUGGAGGAUGUCUGGUCGAACACCCGCAAUGAGCAUUGGCGAAAGCACGAUGUCGUGGUGAGUCCUCGCAUGCAGAGUGCCCCGUGUGUGAUGGGUGCCCACUGUCACAUGUACAAUUCUGCCCCCAACAUACCUGGCAGCAAUCCGCAAACUGAAACCUCCUCGUUGACUGACCAGACUAACCACCUGCGUGCUGGCGAUAACAAGGAAAUGGCUGGAGGGGGAGAUGCCUCUGCUGCCACCGACGACGUCACCUCAACCGGUGGUAAUUCCUCCACCCAGUUCGACAUUAUGAUCCCCUCUACCUCAUCUGACAGUUCUGCCGACAACGCAAGACCCUCCGGCCGCGGUAGGAACCUCUUUCUUAAUUAUACUCUUCUUGUGAGUGUCAUUAGCUCUUUUUAG